AUGGCCCAGCGGGCAAUGUGGCUCAUCAGCCACGAACCGGGAACUCCACUUUGUGGCACCGUGAGAUUCUCCAGACGAUACCCAACUGUUGAAAAACGAGCCAAAGUCUUCAAUGGAGCAAGCUAUGUGCCUAUUCCUGAAGAUGGCCCCUUACUUAGAGCAUUACUCUUUGAACUUAGACUGUUGGGUGAUGAUAAGGACUUUGUGGAGAGCCGUGAUAGCUGUUCACACAUCAAUAAAACAUCAGUGUAUGGACUCCCAGUAGGAGGUGAAGAACUUUGGCCAGUUGUUGCUUUUCUGAAGAAUGGCAUGAUAUAUGCUUCUGUUCCUCUAGUUGAGCAAACUUUAUCCCCACGUCCACCAUUAAUUAGCAUUAGUGGAAUUUCACAAGGCUUUGAACUUCUUUUUGGGAUUCAGGAUUUUCUUUACUCAGGACAAAAAAAUGAUGCUGAGUUAAAUACAAAAUUGAGCCAGUUGUCUGACUUGCUUCUGCACACUUGUCCAUUUGGUACUUUGUUAGAUGCCAACUUACAGAAUUCAUUGGAUAAUACUAAUAUUGCUUCUGUGACUCACCCACAAAAACAGCCAGCCUGGAAAGCUGGAAUAUACAGAGGAAAACCACAAGUUUCUAUUUCUAUCAUGGAAAAAGUAAAAUCCAUGCAGUAUGAUAAACGGGAUGUAGCAGAUAUGUGGCAAAUCAUUGGAGCUGUAACAUGCAAGUGUGAUUUGGAAGGAAUCAUGCCAAAUGUUACCAUCAGCUUGAGUCUCCCUACCAAUGGAUCUCCACUUCAGGAUAUUCUGGUUCAUCCUUGUGUGACUUCUCUAGACUCUGCCAUUCUGACAUCUAGUAGUAUUGAUACAAUGGAUGAUUCUGCAUUUAGUGGACCUUACAAAUUCCCAUUCACUCCACCUUUAGAGUCAUUCAACUUAUGCUAUUAUACUUCCCAGGUCCCUGUCCCGCCAAUUUUGGGGUUCUAUCAAAUUCAGGAAGAAGAAGUACAGCUAAAAAUAACAAUUAAUUUAAAACUUCAUGAAAGUGUGAAAAAUAAUUUUGAAUUCUGUGAAGCUCGUAUACCUUUUUAUAAUAGAGGUCCAAUCACUCAUGUGGAAUAUAAAGUUAGUUUUGGCCAGCUUGAAGUAUUUCGAGAGAAGAGCUUAUUGAUCUGGACUAUUGGCCAAAAGUUCCCAAAAUCAAUGGAAAUUACUCUUUCUGGAACUGUAACUUUUGGGGCCAAGAACCAUGAGAACCAGCCUUUUGACCAGAUCUGUAUUGGAGGUACAGCAUAUGUAAAGCUUCAUUUUAAGAUCUUAGAUUACACACUCACUGGGUGUUAUGCGGAUCAGCAUUCAGUUCAAGUUUUUGCAUCAGGAAAACCAAAAAUAAGUACACACCGGAAACUAAUGUCUUCAGAUUAUUACAUCUGGAAUUCUAAAGCCCCUGCCCCAAUAGCAUAUGGAUCGUUGUUAUUGUAA